GCUACCGUCCUCCCUCCCUCCAAGGCUUUGAAGGUUGAACGAGGCAAAACACAACUGGAGCAGUCGGCGGCGACCUGGCGCAACAAGCCUGGAAAGAAGCGACCGACGCGACCCACUCCAAGGCGGUCUGCAUCGCGGCUCACCCUUCCCUGAACUGACCCCGCCAAGGUCCUCCUCCUCCUCCGUGGGUGUAGGAGACGGGGGAAUUACCACCGCACACGGACACUGACUAGCAAACCCAUUUGAAAAAGUUAGCGUUUACUCGGCGAUGAGACAAAAUGCGGCGCGGUUGUUUCGCGGCUACACGUCAAGGUCAGAAUCUGAGUGACGACGACGACGCCGCCGCUUCGCGAGCGACUUUGUCCGGAAGGGGACGGAGAGGAGGCGCGGAGGGGGAUGCCGCUGCGUUUCGUUUGUCUCCAGCAUCAACGAUGACACAUUUCCCCGGAGAGGACGUCCGCGCUUGCUGCUAAGUCACGCGGACUAAACUUGUUUAAAAGCCCGAAGAAACACCGGAGACUCGUUCUGACUUUUGAAAUUGUCGUUCGUGUAUUGUUUUACGAACCUCCUUCUGUUACCGCGACGUUUCCUGUUUCCACCCUUCCACGGCCCUAGGCUGCUCACCUGGCGAGCCAAGACUCUCAACACCGGCUAGCUAAGCGAAUAAACCUCCCCUGGUUCCACGCGUUUAGACACGGUAGGUUCAUGUGGCGAAGUUCGAACCAACAAACGGUCCAACUUGCUUGAACUUUAAACGAGCACCCCCCCGACCCACAAAAAAAAUGUGCCCGCGAAAAGGCUCGCGUCACCCGGGCGGCUUCGGGAGCAGCUUGCCGGAGCGAGGGCUCCUCGUGCUGCUGCUGCUGGUGCUCCUGCAGGGUUCCGUGCUGCCUCUCGGAGCCGCCAGCUCACCGGACGUGGGCCACCGAGACGAGUCGGACGUUCACGUCGUGGCGGAGGAGAAGCACAACUUCACCAAGAAACCCUUCCCGGUCCUCAGCUUCGAGUACAAACACAUCCAGACUCCCUUCGAGAUCUCCUUAUGGGUCCUGCUGGCUUCGCUGAUGAAAUUAGGUUUUCACCUCAUUCCUCGCCUCCCUGGGAUCGUGCCCGAAAGCUGCCUGCUUAUUCUGGUGGGCCUGUUGGUGGGCGGACUUAUCAAACUGGCCGGCCAAAAGGUGCCGCCAGUGCUGGACUCAAACUUGUUCUUCUUCUGCCUGCUGCCGCCCAUCAUCCUGGAUGCCGGCUACUUCCUGCCCAUCCGCCCCUUCAUGGAGAACCUGGGCACCAUCUUGAUGUUUGCUGUGGUGGGCACGCUAUGGAACGCCUUCUUUAUCGGCGGUCUGCUGUAUGCCGUGUGCCAGAUCCAGCCCAACAAUCCAUCGGACCUGCACUCGCUGGAGCUGCUGCCCUGUCUGCUGUUUGGCUCCAUCAUCUCGGCCGUGGAUCCCGUGGCUGUGCUGGCCGUCUUUGAGGAGAUACACAUCAACGAGCUGCUGCACAUCCUGGUGUUUGGUGAAUCACUGCUCAACGACGCUGUCACUGUGGUGCUGUACCACCUUUUCGAGGAGUACUCUGGCGUGGGCACAGUGACGGUGCUAGACGGGGUGCUGGGUGUCAUCUCUUUCUUCGUGGUGGCGCUGGGUGGCAUACUGGUGGGCGCCAUAUAUGGCAUCCUGGCGGCCUUCACCUCACGCUUCACCUCGCACACGCGUGUCAUCGAGCCGCUCUUUGUCUUCGUGUACAGCUAUAUGGCUUACCUGUCGGCCGAGAUGUUCCACCUGUCGGGCAUCAUGGCGUUGAUUGCGUGUGGGGCGGUGAUGCGGCCAUAUGUGGAGGCCAACAUCUCCCACAAGUCGCACACAACCAUCAAGUACUUCCUGAAGAUGUGGAGCAGCGUGAGCGAGACACUCAUCUUCAUCUUCCUUGGCGUGGCCACCGUGGAUGGCAAGCACAACUGGAACUGGACCUUCGUCACCGUCACUGUCGUCCUGUGCCUGGUAGCGCGGGUCAUAGGUGUGGUGGGGCUGACGUACAUCAUUAACAAGUUCCGCAUCGUCAAGCUUACCACCAAAGACCAGUUCAUCGUGGCCUACGGAGGCCUGCGCGGGGCCAUCGCCUUCUCCCUAGGCUUCCUGCUGGAAGAGAAACACUUCCCUUUGAGGAACAUGUUCCUCACCGCCAUCAUCAUCGUCAUCUUCUUCACCGUCUUCGUGCAGGGUAUGACCAUCAAGCCUCUGGUGGACCUGCUGGCAGUGAAGAAGAAACAGGAGGCCAAGCGCUCCAUCAAUGAGGAGAUCCACACUCAGUUCCUUGAUCACCUCCUGACCGGCAUUGAGGACAUCUGUGGACAUUAUGGACAUCAUCACUGGAAGGACAAGCUAAACCGCUUCAACAAGAAGUACGUGAAGAAGUGCCUGAUCGCCGGCGAGCGCUCCAAGGAGCCUCAGCUCAUCGCCUUCUACCACAAGUUAGAGAUGAAGCACGCCAUCGAGCUGGUGGAGAGUGGAGGCGGCGUCAAACUGCCCUCUGCCAUACCCUCCACCGUCUCCAUGCAAAACAUCCAGCCCAAGAAGCCGCCACCCGCCAAGCCCAAGGAGCGUGCUUUGCCUCAGCUAUCCAAAAGCCGGGAGGAGGAGAUCCGCAAGAUCCUCCGGAGCAACCUCCAGAAGACUAGGCAAAGGCUGCGCUCCUACAACCGGCACACCCUGUUGGUUGAUCCGUACGAAGACAACUUGAGUGAAUUCCUCCUCAAGAAGCAGAAGAUGAUUACACUGGAUAAGAAGAUCCAAAACAUGAAUAACUACCUGACUGUGCCUGCCGCUCCCCCCGACUCGCCGACCCUGCGCAGAGCCAGACUGGCCUCAGGCAGAGAAAAUGAUUUCAAACCCGCUCGGCAGCAGAAAGCGGACACCGUCGGUCCAGACCCCCAAGCCUACAGCAUGAAGCCAGCGUUGGACAGCGUUCCCACCAUCCAGGUGGACCUGGCCUCCCCCCAGUCACCUGACUCGGUCAACAUGUUGGACGAGUUCCAGCAAGCUGGCCAGGCGGCGGCGGAAGUGGAGGAGGGUGAGGAGGAUGGUGGUCUGAAGAUGAAGCCGCCCGCCAGGGCCAACGAGCACCACAAGGCGGGUGAGAUUGACCCCAGCACCAGAGAGAAGCUGAUGAGGUACCUGAGUGACCCCGGGCCCCACGCAGAGGAUGAAGACGAACCCUUCCUGCCUUAAAAAAGUUGUCAUAUGGAGGAAGGUGCGUGCUUCAAUGCUCAAGCCGAAUCGCCAAAAAUUGUGAGCUGAAAAAAAAAAAAAAAAAAAAAAAAAAAAAAAAAAAAGAGCCAUUAGUCCUUUUGUCGUCAUCACUCUUUACUUUUAAGAGACACAGUCACGGUUACUAGACAUUCAGGAAUGAACUAUGCAUUACCAAAGGGACUGUUUGUAGUUCUUUUAGAUGAUUACUUUUUGUGUAUAAUAUCAAUGGGCGAGAUUCUCAGCUGGUCCCAAAUCGAACGUAAUCGCACUCAUUCUGUCGCUUGAAAUCACACAGGACCUCUUGCCACAUAUUUUUGCCUUAUUUUGUGUCACUCGGUGCAUUAUUUUUUUUUUUUCAGCACUGGCUUUUAAUUUCAGGGAUCGCCAAAGUAUUUCAGAUGGUAUUAAGGAGUAUUAUGGUCACACAUGAAGGAAAGUAAUAUAUACGACGAGAAUAAAGGAGCAAUCUUGAAAAUUAUACAUAUGAGAAAAGAUUUCUUUUGAGACUCAAGUUGUAUUUUUUGGGGGGGAGAAAAAAUAGCAACUUGGUGAGAACAGUAAGAUUUUAUCAAGAAUAAGGUCAUUUUAAAAAAAAAUAAAACUGUUGAAAAUAGAGCAAGGCAUGUUAAAAUAAGACGUGUUAAAUUGCGACUUCAAUCACGCAAUUACCAUAUAAUUAUUUUCCCUUGAAAAAAGUAAUACUAUUCUUUGUAAUUUGACUCCUUUUUUGCAAUAAAAACUUUUUAUCGAAAAAUAAUACAACUUGUGAACCCCAGCUAUUCACGCAUUGAACAGCCCCUGCAGCAAAUUGUGAAAAUCCAUAAGUAAUUGCGUCUAGACGCCACAAGAUGGCAGCAAAGCACUUAAAGCAGAGACCAUCAUAGAGCAUCAACACCAUGCAUCUAGUAUGUACUCAAUCAAUCAUCAACCUAUGUUACAUAAAGAGUGAUAUUUCAUAGUUACGUUCAACACAAACCACCUUCACAUGAGGCUUGUCAUUAGUAUUAGUUACCAUACUCUGCUAAAUAACAUGCUAGCACAGACAGACACGACAUAACACAUGGGAAACGGUUACACUUCACACAAACGCUGUUACGUCAUUCAACUCACUUUGUUCUGUAUUUCCAUAUAAAUGUUAAGGAAUACAGGCAAGUGGUAACGGCAAAGUAGACUACCCAGGCUAUUAGUAUUAGGUGCAUUGGAAGAGAAGCUAAAACAUACAUUCACUUUUGAUGGAGCACGAGGUGCAUUCAAGGACCGCCAACAAAACAAGAACAUCAAAUGAAAACAAAAAAAAGCAAGCCCCCCCAAGUAUUCUAGUACAACCUCAAUUCCAAUGAAGUUGGGACGUUGUUAAAAAUAAAUAAAAACAAAUCAUGUUCAACCUAUAUUUAUUUGAAUACACUACAAAGACAAGCUAUUUAAUGUUCAAACUGAUAAACUUAAUUGUUUUUAGCAAAUAAUCAUUAACUCAGAAUUUUAUGGUUGCAACACAUUCCAAAAAAGCUGGGACACGUGGCACUGCAUCAAAAACCGACAUCAAUGUGUAAUGGAUAUCACCACAUGGGCUCAGCAACACUUCAGAACACCAAUUUCAGUAAAUACAGUUCGGCGCUACAUCCGUAAGUGCAACUUGAAACUCUACUAUGCAAAGCAAAAGCCAUUUACCAACAACACCCAGAAACGCCACCGGCUUCUCUGGGCCCGAGCUCAUCUAAGAUGGACUGAUGCAAAGUGGAAAAGUGUUCUGUGGUCCGACGAAUCCACAUUUCAAAUUGUUUUUGGAAAUUGUGGACGUCGUGUCGUGAGGAAAAGAACCAAUCCGGACUGUUAUGGACGCAAAGUUCAAAAGCCAGCGUCUGUGAUAGUAUGGGGCUGUUUUAGUGCCAAUGGCAUGGGUAACUUACACAUCUGUGAAGGCUGCCAUUAAUGCUGAAAGGUACAUACAGGUUUUGGAGAAACAAUGCUGCCAUCCAAGGAACGUCUUUUUCAUGGACGCUCCUGCUUAUUUCAGAAAGACAAUGCCAAACCACAUUCUGCACCUGUUACAACAGUUUGCCUUCGUAUUAAAAGAGUGCGGGUACUAGAGUGGCCUGCCUACAGUCCAGACGUGUCUCCCUUUGAAAAUGUGUGGCGCAUUAUGAAUUGUAAACUACAACAACGGAGACCUCGGACUGUUAACAGCUGAAGCUUUACAUCAAGCAAGAAUAGGAAAGAAUUCCACCUACAAAGCUUCAACAAUUAGUGUCCUCAGUGUCCAAACCUUUAUUGACUGUUGUUAAAAAAAAGGUGAUGUAACAGUGGUAAACAUGACCCUAUCCCAGCUUUUUUGGAACGUGUUGCAGCCAUAAAAUUCUAAGUUAAUGAUUAUUUGCUAAAAACAAUCAAGUUUAUCAGUUUGAACAUUAAAUAUCUUGUCUUUGUAGUGUUUUCAAUUAAAUAUAGGUUGAACAUGAUUUGUAAAUCAUUGUAUUCUGUUUUUAUUUGUUUAACACAACGUCCCAACCUCAUUCGAAUUGGGGUUAUAAGAUUGUGCCUUUUUUCCUCCUUAAAAGUAUUUUCUUUAAAUAUGAAUAAGUUUUUAUCUAGAAUAAAUAAGAUACGAAAAUAAGGUUAAGAUAUUUAUUUUGUCAUUCAGGUCAAGUCAGGCGUUUUUUUUUUAUCUUGGAAAAUAUUUUUAUUCUUGAAAGAUGCCAGUUCUGUCAAAUAUAUAUAUGUGUGUGUGUGAUAUAUUUAUUCAUCUUCAGUGUGGCCCUAAUACUCCUUCACAGGUUUAUACUCCAUGGUGGGAUACUGUUUAAAGUUGGACGUUUUUUUUCUCGCUACCAUUUUAGCAGGAUGUUGUUUAAAAACUCCUCACUUUCCGAAUUUCACAGAGGGGCAAAAACAACGAAUGUUCUGAUGUCAUCCAUUGUGCGCCUUUUUUUUUAAUUUAAUUUUUUUUAUGGCCCCUCUGACGUUAAAUAUGUGUAUUUAAUGUUGAAAGUAGCUCCCUUUAUAAGUCACUCCAGCAAAGCUAAACAAUCAACGCUCGCUGUAUUAAAAGUGGACACGCACAUUUUCUUUGCUCGCUCUUCAUCACUGUGCAACGGGAUAAUGACUUGAACGGGAAUCCGUGCUUUGAAGACUGUCUGGUCUGCACGGCUAAAUAAUUAAUACAGUUCAUCAUAAAGGGGUAGAAGAAGUGUGUGAAAAAUAUGUAUGUUAAUUCUAUUUAUGAACCCUUUAAGAUGACAUUAACAUGCAAAACGCUGAGGUGACCUGAUAUCAAAUGGGGACAUUAAUGAGUGCAUGUUUUAUUGGUGUAAGAAGUUCCUUUGCACAUGGUCGUUAUACAAAGGAGUACUUAGGGCUACACUGAAAAGAGGGGGAAAAAUACCACCAGAAAAUAUAGUCAAAAUAUUACAAGUCUAUUUUUGAGUAAAACGUUGUGAUUAAAAACAAAAAAAAAUGCUUAUAAUGUCACAAGAAAAAGUUAACAUUAUUCUCGCCGUUACAACUUCAUUCUUGUUACAUUAUGGCUUCUUUCUCAAAGUAUUGCUAUAUACUAACAUUAUUCCUGAACCAAAAAAAUAUUUUUUUUGUAAUAUUAUGACUGAUUAAUUCUAUACAAUUAUGAAAUUUGUGUCCUCAUAACAGUAUGACUUUUUUUUUUUUUUUGAGAAAAAGACUAUCUCAAAACAGCGACAUUUAGAAUUCUGAACAUUAAAACUGUAAUAUCAAGUGUAGUUUCAUAUUGUCUUGUCAUGUCAUUAGGAUUUAGUCUCAUUUUAUUAUGACUUUGUUUUAUAUCACCAAAAUAUUCUGGGGAAAAAGGUUAUUGUCCUAACAUUGCGACAAUAUGAUCAUUGAAAAAACAUGAAAAUAGAACCUUUUGUUUGUGGGAACGUUAUAAUAAUCUAAAAAUGUUAUUCCCUAGUCUUUUUCUCAACUCUUACAACAUUACUACUACUACAAUACAACUAUGUUCUCGUAACAUUACACCUUUUUCUCAAGAAAAAUGGGACUUACCUAUGAAUACUGACUCUCGAAAUGUUAUGACUUUAUUCUGAUAAUUAUACAACUUUUUUUUAAAAAUAAUAACGAUAUUUUUUCAGACAAAAAGUGCAUCUUUAUUCACUGAACAUUAGUUUUUUUCUCAUAACAUUACAAUUUUAUUCUUGUAACAUUAGGACUUUUUUCUGAACAAAAAAAGGCCUUGUCUUGUUCACAGCAGGAAGUCUUUUAUCAAAAUACUUUUUCUCAUAAAAAUGACAUUUUGGGGGGACAAUUGAGCUAUAUACAACUUUAUUCUCUGAACAUUCCAACUUUUUUUCCCUCUUAAUUAUGACUUUUCUCCAAAUUAUUGACUUUAUUAUCGCUACUUUUUUCUUGUGCGUUUAGUGUAAUUUCAGUGUGGCCCUACUUCUCGUUUACAUUGCAAAAAUAAUUUUUUUUUUUUUUUACAUCAUAUCAGCGGACGAUUAACAACCUCCUUUGUCUGUGUACUGUUGCGUCAAACAAGUGCCAGUUAGAAAGGUAACGCAACCCCUGACGUAGACGUGUAAGCGCAAUCCUAUGCUAAAUUCACUUGAUAUUUUUCCAAAGUGUCUUUAUUUCACGAUGACAAAAGGGAUAUUUUGGUAGCAGAACACAUAUUUCCAGGCCAACAUUCGGCUCCUGCGAGGCAAAUGUUUGGUUUCGAAAGCCAUAGAGCAUGUACAGAGAACGAUAUUUCAUCCUCUUUUGUCAUCUAGUUUAUGUUUUUAACUUUUCGACUUUAUGGAAUGUGGACUUCAUUCAGCAGCUCACCAGCAUUUUUACUACCGCUUUUUCUGUGUGUUUAAAAACAUUUAUGUGCUUUUCUAUUAUUUGCCUUUUGAUUUAUUGAAUGUCCAUCGCUGCUUUAAACGCACGUAUCAGUCUCCAAAGUACAUUUUUUACUUUGCAUACAUAUCUGCAUUGUAAUAAUACAUAUAUUGUGCUUGACAUCUCAUGUUUACAUUGCUCUAAAGGCUUAAUUUAAUGUUUAUUCAUUCAGAAUACAAUGUAUAGCUAGUUCAUGCUGGGAAUACAAUUAAAGAUCUUGAAGGUUCUUUAGCUGACAUUGGAGUUACAAAUUCAACUGGAUCCUCGUCAUGUAGUUUAAUCUUGACGAUAACAACAUGAUUUUAUUUAUGGUUGCUUUCACACUAACACGCUUGACUACGAUUUAAUCCAAAACUUGUUCAAUUCUCCCUAGGAAUUUUUUUUUUCUUUCCCUCGUAAAUUGUGAAAACGCAAACCAAAGCCCCCUUAAAUCAAUUUCUCAGAUUAUUACGACUUGAAAAUAAAAUUCUAAUUACCAUCUUUUCCUGUAUUUAAAAAAAAAAAAACAAAAAAGCCUUAGCUUUGUGAUUUCUUGGAAGUAAAAUUGCUACUUUAUCAUCAUGACAUUUUCUUCUUUUUCACGUCUGUUCAAAUAGUUUUCUCAACAAAAAAUACAGCAUUUUUGUAUUAUUACCACUUAUUCUUGUAGCUUUGCCUUUUCCCCUCAUUUCUGUUGUAAUUUUGACAUUUUCGCUACUUUCCUCUGGGGGGGAAAAAAAGAAAAACUUUAUCAUGGGUUGAAAACACUUAACGGCUUAACUUUUGAAUAUUCUGACCUGAUAAUAAUAUUUUGUCUUUCUUUCACGUAACAGUACUGUUAUUAAUACGUUAUUUUUGCCAUUUCGACUUUUUCCAUUGACUUAGUCAAAAUCGACAGCUUUAUCUUGAUGGAGAAAAUGCAGCUUUAUUCUAGGAUACCUAUUAAUUCUCUGUUAAAUUGUAAAUUACAAUUUUCUCAACCCAAAAAUAGAUUUGUAUUCAAUUACCACGUUAUUUUUUUAACACUGAACCUUAAUAUUAACGACUUUACUCCAACUUUACUCCUUGUAAUAUACUUACUUUUUUCAAGUAGCUUUUUUCAUUUUUUUUGGACUUAUCAUUUACUCAUACAAAAUGGACUUCAGACUAGAUUUUUUUUUUGUUUUUGUUUCCUCCUCCUCUCUUCUUCCCUCCCCCUCUUCACUUUUGACUGUGUGAAAGGAAACCAAAUCCAGGGGGGGGGGGCUUAUUUUAUCAGACCAUUUGGACUAGAGAAAACCAAAUAUAUUCAAGUAGGUGAAAAUUAAAUGCAUAUAUUUGAUAAUAGUAUAGUAGUCAGUUACAUGCAGUAUGACUUCACCCACCCAAAGACUUGAUUUUACACACCCCUCAAGUUACCUCGCAGCGCUCCCAACGAUGCAUCCUUUCUCUUUGCCGUACUAGUUUCACGACUCCACCACGAGCACUUUAACGGCGCAGAAAGAACCUUUAUCUCCAAACGACGUCAGCCAGAGCAAUAAGUCGUGUUCACAUCACUUCAUGACUGGUCUUAAAAACAAGGGUGGUUUUAGCGGGAGCCUUUUCCACCCACUAGGAAAGCUGUUCUAAACUCAUGAUAUACUGUACUUACUACUACUAAUACUUGUCUUUAAAAGGUUGUUUUGACGGCAUUUCCUGUGUGAAAAUUAUUAUUUUUGAUAUACGUUAAAUGGAAAAAUGUACAUAUACAAAUAUAUAAUGUGUGUAUUAAAAAUGUAUAGUUCUAAUGUAUAUAAAAAUAAUAAUAAUUAAGCGUGUACUUCCCUGAUGAUUUGUUUUGUUAUGAUUUUGUUAUUUCCAUUCCUGUAUGAACAAUCGCUGUCGAACUAACACCUAACAAAAUA